AUGGGAAACAAAAGUGAAGUGCCAGGGUUCCUUUUAUUUGACAUGUCAGAACUUACAGAUUCUCAGUUUUCUCUUUUGUUGCUGAUUUUUCUGAUCUACCUCAUGACGUUGACUGGAAACCUUCUCAUUAUUCUCCUGAUCAACACUGAUGCUAAUCUCCAAACUCCUAUGUAUUUCUUCCUUGAAAAUCUCUCCAUAUUAGAUAUUUGCAUGUCAUCUAUUCCUGCACCUCAUUUAUUCUACAGCUACUUAACACAAACGUUCUCAAUAACCUACUCUAAUUGUCGUGUUCAGAUCUUUUUCUUGAUGUUAUUUGCAACCACUGAGGUCUGUCUCUUGGCUAUGAUGUCCUAUGAUAGAUAUGUGGCCAUAUGUUACCCUCUCCACUAUAUCAAUAUUGUAGAUAAAAAGAUCUGUGCUAUCUUGACAUCAUGUGCCUGGAUUAUUGGGCUGGGCUAUGCCUUAGUACAUACACUGUGCACUCUCAGAUUAAAUUUUUGCUAUGUAGCCAUCAUCAAAGGAUUCUUCUGUGAGCUAUAUCAACUGAUCCAAACAUCUUGCUCUGACUCUUUUAUUAACAUCUUAAUAAUUUAUGUCAUGGCAUCAGUUGUUGGUGUCAUUGCCUUUUUUACAAUCUCUACUUCAUAUUUCCGUGUCUUCAGGGUCAUCCUACAUAAUAAGUUUAAUAAGGGAAGGACUAAAGGUUUCUCUACCUGCACCUCUCAUCUUACUGUCAUAAUUAUCUUCUAUACCACUUUCAUUUUUAAUUAUUUUCAACCAAAAACUAACAGAUCUGCAGCAGCUGGAUUAUUGUCAUUAACUUACUCCAUGUUUACACCUUGUUUGAAUCCCAUAAUCUACAGUUUGAGGAACACUGAACUGAAAAACGCUUUGAGAAGAACUUUGACUAAUAGAAGAUUUGUUUUUCUCAAAUAG